AGUAGAGGAGAGCUCUCUGGAAGUACUGCAAAACGGCUCCGCAAGCGAUUACAACGGCAACAAAGUGGACAGUCAGGGCGGCGUCAUACAGGCGAGAGCAGUGAAGGUUCUUCACUAGUUGGGACGCCAACCGACACUGGGCGAUCGUUUACUUUUGGAGCAGCGCAAAGGAUAAUGAGAGACAGGGAAGACGGAAGACCGGUCAGCUCUCAAAAUCUAACUGAAGCCAUGCUUGAGGCAAUCCACUGCGAGGACGCUAAUCUGAUAGAAAGGCUCCUUGCUGCGUAUAACAUCAACCAGCCCAUCUCCGCUUCUCCAAGUAUAGGAAGCACGAACACCUUGACUGAGCUGGCUCAAAGACGACAUGGUGCUGGAACACAUCGUCGCUCUAACGCCAGUAGCACCAUGUCAACGCACUCGAACUGUAGGUCCACUUGUGCAGUGAUGAAUACCCUGCACUUGGCAGUAGCGCACAAACAACGAGAGAUUGCUGAGCUGCUUCUUCGAUCUGGCUACGAUCCGAACUUGCCAGCUACUUGUCACUGCAAGGGCAACUGCACAACGACAGGAAGCAUCCCUCUGACGACACCUUCGAUGACACCUGAGCUAUGUUCAACGUGCUCUCAACUGCGUGUAGUGCCUAUUACCGACCAAACACCGCUAGGUGUAGCUGUGCGAGCUCAAAGCAGCGAGCUUAUUGCUUUGCUCAUAGCGUACGGUGCAGAUGUAAACCUAGGAGAUGAAGAUGGUAACACACCCUUAAUGUUAGCCGUUCGUGACUCACCACUUUGUUGGCCAUGUUUGCACACCCUAAUUUUUUUCGGAGCUCAAAUCGAGCAAAGGAACAUGAGAGGGAUUUGCCCAUUAGAUCUUGCUCCUGAACUGAAGAAACUCCAGCACACAUGUGUAAAAGAGCUACUCAAAAUUGCAUGCACGGGUGAUAAUGAACUCUCUAACAAAGCAACAUCCGCUGGACCCGCACUUCGGCACUGGAGCCGGUUACACGUUGAUAUCGCUUCACAAGGGGACAGAUCGAGCAACAAGCUACCACUUUCUCCAAGGCCUUCCGCAGCUCCGUCAGUAUCAUCUUCUAGCAUGCUGGAGACGUGCUCCGCAAAGGAUAUAGCGCGAAGGAAAAGUCUUGUCAGCCUUCAACUUCACAGAAAACCAAAAACAGCCAAAGAGUACAUGGUUCUCGACUCAGUUGGCUGGGAACAAGCUUGGGAGCUUCUGAAGAAAAUGGCGAACAACCCCGAAUGUAUAGAUUCCAUCGUGAGUUCCGUUACGAAGUUACCUAUUCGAGAGGAGAGUACUUCGUCGCAUGUUGACCAGGAGGUGUUUGACGGAAACAUGGGAGCUCUUCUUCAUAGAAUGAUUCAUACUGCUAUCAAGGAGUAUGAGUCAUCGACUCCUUCUUACAAGAAGCAGAAAAAUCUCCAUCUCAUAUGGUUUCUGGGCCAAAUAACUACAUUUUGUUAUUCAUUCGUUCAAAAAGGCAGCACGGUUAGACAAUUUUCCGCUCUCAGCACAUUGAACAAGAUAAUUGAUGCUGGUUUGGUGUAUGGUUUGUUUUCCUGUGAUGAUAUUGUUUUCCAUUCGUCUCGAAUUCUCAAUCGCUGGCAUACUUUCGAUACGGAACAGUCGCCUUCAUUCUAUGAGUCCUUCGAUUCCGAUGGCGACCAGAAUUCAACGGUGGAUCAUGUAUUCGUCUACGGAUUGGGACACGGGGUCUACUCUCCUCCUUCGUCACCAACAACUAACGUUCCAUCUCCACAGAAACCAGAUUUGAUAAAAUCGUUCACCGAAAUGGAUCCUUGCUCAGUCAUAGUGUCACUACACAAUGCAAUUACCAUGCAAAAUCGAGAAGCUGGUGUUCGUUAUGUAUGCAGUCCUGCCCACCGGUGGCGCCAGUGCUGUGCGCAUUGUGUGGAGAUUCUGAUUGCUCGACUUCUUCUUUUUCUCACCCAUUUCAGGCAAUUUCGUUCGCGACUAUCUGAGCGACAUCAGCUUCGAAGCCUUGUGGCUCUUCUGGAGCCAACGUUAGAGCCGCAACUCUUAUGUCUACUUCUUCAAUGUAUAGCAUUAAUUGCUCUUGACCCUUCUACGCAUGCGACAUUUGUUGACGUGCAAAUCGACGAUGUUCUUAUUCAAAUGCUCCUGCCGGCCGAUGAUUGGUACUAUACAAAUCACAGCACUAAAUACGGCGUGUUUGUCAAGUAUCAUGCAGCGCGGAUCUUGGUAUACGUCGGCAUGGGGGAUCGUGUCGGCAGUCGUGUCAAUCUGUUUACGAUUACUUCUUCUGAAAUUGGUCAAGAAGCUAAGAAGCAAUCAGCGCUGCCGAAUGAAGACGAUUACAUAUGCGACACUUGCUCAACUCCUCGUAACAUGAGCACUUUCUCGCGAUCUGCCAUGUCUGUGGAAGGUGUCCUUCUCAAAGUGCUUACUGAAGUGGCACAACUCACAAAGCAAUCAAAUCACAUUUCAACAACUGAGCCGAUAACUGAAGAGUCACCAGUCGCUAGUUCGCCUCCGAGGUUCCUCGGUGAUGAGGACAAGGAAAAAAAUAUACACGAGAAGAUUGAGGAAAGACUGACUCGACUGGAAUGUCAAGUGAUCGUCUCUCUGGAACAGCUUGAAGCUCAUCUCAGCAAACUAGGCCUCAUGCUUGAUUCUGUUCUGCUUCUCAGGCUCCUUCUUCAUAAAAUCUCUUGGGAUCUAGGGCUAGUGACGAAGAAGAGAGUGGCAGUAAAUGAUAACAUGCACAAAGCAAUUACUGAUCCUCGCGCUCAUUCGGCUUGCAGCCUUGGAAAUAACAUAUCAUGUUUUGGAAAAUCAAAAUCAUUCGAUCGCCGUGACGAGAGCAAACGAGACAAAAAUUAUCUACAUGUAGACAACGGACCACGAUCAUCUGGACGAUUCCGAAUUCGUAGAUCC